AUGCACAUGACUGGAACAUAUAUAUUCGAGUAUGGUUUGGUUGGUGUCAGGUUGAUCAUGCAAUCACAUCGGUGCAACGAGUCAAGUUACCACCAACCACCAACCAGAUCCAAUGCAUACAUGAUCAUUACUAGAAUGACUGCCAAGAAUAUUCGCAUCCAAAAGUUGAUUAUGAGUUGGUGGUUUUUAAGAACCGGACACAACCAACAUGGUAUUGGAUACAGCAACAUGAAUAUAGUUCAGUCACAUGGUGUGAUACAGUGGUUGUGGAAUACAACACCCAGUAAUUUGACAGUGGACAUCACCACCGGAUUCCAUGUUCAAUUGGAAAUGGAUCAGAAACCAAUGAUUCAGUUUGAGCACAAGCCGAUGAGCAUGUGUGCAGCGCUGUUAGCAAGACCAGUGUGCGUGGUGUUAACCACAUGUGUUGCAGUUACCAUAUCAAGUCAGUACAAUCGGUACAGUGUAUGCAGACUGCCAUCAGGUCGCAUAGUGGCCGUCAACAUAUUGCCUGGACUGUGUGUAGCAGAACACGAGCAAAUGGAUUGGGUGGUUCAUCAGGUGUAUCAUUUGGUGUAUAUAAUGCGACUCGGUGUUUGGUGUGAACCAGCUGCUGUAUUGCAUCAACUAGUCGAUAUCAAGGUAUAUCCGAGUCGAGAUCAGUUGCAUCGUCACGAAUCGGAAACAGUUUGUAUGGUGGAAGUGAAUCACGUAUAUGCAAUGGAAUGGAAUGGAGUGAUGGUUGUUGUGUGUGUUGCACCACCAGACAUGACUCGAGCUGCUGCAAAUGUCAUAUCAAAACGAUCAUCAAUACUGUCCGGUCAGGAAGUGAAACACACAGUGAGGAUGUCGUUGGAUGCCUGCGUUGACAGUUUUUGUAGUUGCAGAUCCAGUUGGAUUGAUAGGCGAGCAACUGUGCAAACAACUGUGCGAGUUGCAGGAUGUUUGAGAUCCAACAAAACACUGUUUGCACACAAGUUCAUGAAUGCAGAUUGCCAGACUUGA